UGAGCCUCUGCGCUCGCGAGGGCCGCGACCCCGCCGCCCGGCGCCCCGGCCCCGCCAUGCAUCCCUAGCGGAAGGAGGCGGAGGAGACAGCUCUGCCGCCCACCCCCAUCGCAUUCUCCUCUUCCUUUAUCUCAUUGUUGCCGCGGCUGUUUACGGCAGCGCCGCCUCUGCCCCGGCAUGGGGCGGGCUCCGGGCGCUGCCCUCGGGCCGGCGCUGCUCCCUCGGCUGCCCGGGGACUCCGCCUGACCGUGCGUCUCCCCCUCCUCCUCCCCGCUGGUGCAGCAGCGGCGGGGCCGCGCCAGCAUCCCCACCUUCGGAGGCCGCAUGCGGAUUGAGGCGCGGCGCCCGGGGGCUGCGCGGCCCGCGCCCAUCCCGACCUAGGGCAGCGAGCGCUCAGCGGGACUCUGCCGGGCGGCAAGAUGGCCAGUAAGACCAAGGCCAGCGAGGCCCUGAAGGUGGUGGCCCGGUGCCGCCCCCUCAGCAGGAAGGAGGAGGCUGCGGGUCACGAGCAGAUCCUGACCAUGGACGUGAAGCUGGGCCAGGUGACCCUGCGGAACCCCCGCGCCGCGCCCGGGGAGCUGCCCAAAACCUUCACCUUCGACGCCGUGUACGAUGCCAGCUCCAAGCAGGCAGACCUGUACGACGAAACCGUGAGGCCCCUCAUAGACUCGGUGCUCCAGGGCUUCAACGGCACCGUGUUUGCCUACGGCCAGACGGGCACCGGCAAGACCUACACCAUGCAGGGCACCUGGGUGGAGCCCGAGCUGCGCGGCGUCAUCCCCAACGCCUUCGAGCACAUCUUCACGCACAUCUCCCGCUCCCAGAACCAGCAGUACCUGGUCCGAGCCUCCUACUUGGAGAUCUACCAGGAGGAGAUCCGGGACCUGCUCUCCAAGGAGCCGGGCAAGAGGCUGGAGCUGAAGGAGAACCCGGAGACUGGCGUCUACAUCAAGGACCUGUCCUCCUUCGUCACCAAGAACGUCAAGGAGAUCGAACACGUGAUGAACCUGGGGAACCAGGCGCGGGCGGUGGGCAGCACCCACAUGAACGAGCUCAGCUCCCGCUCGCAUGCCAUCUUCGUCAUCACCGUGGAGUGCAGCGAGCGGGGCACUGACGGCCAGGACCACAUCCGUGUGGGCAAGCUCAACCUAGUGGACCUGGCUGGCAGCGAGAGGCAGAACAAGGCAGGCCCCAAUGCAGCCGGAGGGACUGCCACACCGGCCACGGGUGGCAGUGGUGGCAGUGGAGGGGGUGGGGGCGGUGGGGCUGGCAGCGGAGAGAGGCCCAAGGAAGCCUCCAAGAUCAACCUCUCACUGUCAGCCCUGGGCAACGUGAUCGCCGCCCUGGCGGGCAACAGGAGCACCCACAUCCCCUACCGGGACUCCAAGCUGACCCGGCUGCUCCAGGACUCUCUGGGGGGCAACGCCAAGACCAUCAUGGUGGCCACGCUGGGACCAGCCUCUCACAGCUACGACGAGAGCCUGUCCACACUGCGCUUUGCCAACCGAGCCAAGAACAUCAAGAACAAGCCCCGGGUGAACGAGGACCCCAAGGACACGCUGCUGCGAGAGUUCCAGGAGGAGAUCGCCCGCCUGAAGGCGCAGCUGGAGAGGAAGGGGAUGCUGGGCAAGCGGCCGCGCAGGAAGAGCGGCCGCAGGAAGAAGGCCGUGUCGGCCCCGGCCGGGUACCCCGAGGGCGCCGUGCCGGAGGCCUGGGUGGCCGAGGACGAGGACGACAGCAACAACAACCACUGCCCGCCGCAGCCUCUCCUGGAGCCGGCCCUGGAGAAGGGCAUGGAGCACUACCUGCAGGAGCAGAAGGAGCGGCUGGAGGAGGAGAAGGCGGCCAUCCAGGACGACCGCAGCCUGCUGGGCGAGGAGAAGCAGAAGCUGCUGGAGGAGAAGGAGAAGAUGCUGGAGGACCUGCGGCGGGAGCAGCAGGCCACGGAGCUGCUCGCCGCCAAGUACAAGGCCAUGGAGAGCAAGCUGCUCAUCGGGGGCAGGAACAUCAUGGACCACACCAACGAGCAGCAGAAGAUGCUGGAACUCAAGAGGCAGGAGAUUGCCGAGCAGAAACGCCGUGAACGGGAGAUGCAGCAGGAGAUGCUGCUCCGAGACGAGGAGACCAUGGAGCUCCGGGGCACCUACACGUCCCUGCAGCAGGAGGUGGAAGCCAAGACCAAGAAGCUCAAGAAGCUCUACGCCAAGCUGCAGGCGGUGAAGGCGGAGAUCCAGGACCAGCACGACGAGUACAUCCGCGUGCGGCAGGACCUGGAGGAGGCGCAGAACGAGCAGACCCGGGAACUGAAGCUCAAGUACCUGAUCAUAGAGAAUUUCAUCCCCCCUGAGGAGAAGAACAAGAUCAUGAACCGCCUUUUCCUGGACUGCGAGGAGGAGCAGUGGAAGUUCCAGCCGCUGGUGCCAGCUGGAGCCAGUAGCAGCCAGAUGAAGAAGCGGCCAACAUCCGCCGUGGGCUACAAGAGGCCGAUCAGCCAGUAUGCUCGCGUUGCCAUGGCAAUGGGGUCCCACCCCAGGUACCGGGCUGAGAACAUCAUGUUCCUGGAGCUGGACGUGUCCCCGCCAGCCAUCUUUGAGAUGGAGUUCUCCCAAGACCAAGAACAGGACCCUCGCGCGCUUCACAUGGAGCGGCUCAUGCGGUUGGACAGCUUUCUGGAAAGACCGUCCACCUCCAAAGUCCGAAAGUCCAGAUCCUGGUGCCAGAGUCCUCAGCGGCCUCCCCCCUCCUCUGCACCCGCCCCGCUGGCCUCAGCUUCUCUGCACCCCGCGACGGUGGCUGACCACGAGUGAGAGCGCCGCAGUCAGGUCGCCCAGCAGAUGGACUCCUGGGGUGGGGCAGCCAAGCGCGGCCUGCGGCUUGGUGCGGGUGCGUGUGCGUGUGCGUGCAUGUGCGUGGGUGGAUGUGUGCAGGGGUGGGGAUCUGGCGGGCGGAGCACCUGCCUGCCGGUCUUCACCUCCUUUAUUUAAUUCAUGUUAUUUAUUCGUGGAGCGCCUUCGUUGGUGUGGGGCAGGGGCCCUCGUCUGCGCUCUGAGGGCCUGCCGCCGUCUGUGCGCCGCCUCCUUUCCCGCUGGCUUCACGGUGCAAGUCGGAUCUGGGCGCCUGCCCGCGCCGCUGCCCCCGAGGGGAAGGGGGCCCGAGUUUCAGCGGACAGGACUUUUCUACCGCCCCGCCACCUCCUGCCACGCUGGCGGCGAGCAGCCCCCUGAGCGCUCUGUGGGACUCAGAGACGCUGGCGUGCCCCCCCCCCCCACCCAGGACCUGGGAACAGAGCCCCGCCGUGGCUUCUGGGGGCACGCAGAUGGCCUCUUCCAGCCUUUUGGGCUCUGCUGCAAGGACUGCACUGGCCUCUCCGACACGUAGCACCUGCUCCUCGGCCUUGGCACGGACUCACGGCUGCCCCAGCUGCUUCCUGCUCACCUCCCCACCCCCUGGAUGGGAAUGCCACCUGGGGACCAGCAGGGAAGGCGCCGGCCAUGCAGACAACGCAACAGGCCGGAGGGGCGGCCCUCCUCUGCGCCACAAGCCCCGAGCCAGCUCCGCAGAUCUGAGACACAGCUCCUUCCUGUUUUCUUCAUUUUCCCCUGCAGCUGCGAGGUCCCAGUUCCCAGCGCGAGGGAUCCAGGUCAUCCUGCCCCUGGCUCCACAAAUAUACCAACAUCUGUUGCUUGUCCCGCCUGGUUUGGCACAGGAAACGGAGACCCUGGGCACAAUCCCGGCCAGCUUGCCCUUCCACGCCCCCGUCUCUGAAUCCCGCUCUGCUGAACACAGGUCCUUUUCUCACCCGUUGUGCACAUUGGUCCCGGGGCUGAUAACCCAGAUGCCUCCAGGAAUCUCGAGUGGUUAUUCCCACCAAAAACAAAGAAGAAAGAAAGUUAAGUUGCACUGACAUAGUUUUCAGGGGUUCAUUCUGGUGGAGGGCAGAGGAGGCAAGGAAGUGAGGAAGGAUUUCAGGGUGCCCUGACGGUGGGGGGGGGGGUCCUCUAGUCCCUAGAGGCUGAGGAACGACGUCCUUGGGGGACAGGCACGACAGUGACGGGCGUGCCUGGAGCCAGCUGUGGCAGGGCAGGCAGCAGGGGAGUUCUCUUUCCUGGAGGAAACGCACCCGUCCAGCUCUGAGGCUCGGGCUGCUGUCCUGUCUGCCAUGAUUGCCGGGCCAGAUGGUGCAGCCGCUCGGUUGCCAUUGACUCCGAUUCUCCAUGGUUUCGCUCAGAGCCCCUCAGAGGUCGUUUGAGACUCAGGAACAGAUCAGAGGUGGCAGCUGGGGCUGGAGCGGGAGUUGGGAGCAGAAGUGCCCCAGGUGGACGCAGGGGACUCGCAGGGCCGUGGGGAGCAGCCCCUGCCACCGGGCUGUUCCACGUUUGCGGACAAAGCCCACGUCACCCCACCCAUCACUUGGACACACCGACUUUGCUCUGUCUGGUCACUCGUCUCUCACAGUCUUAGAGCACAACACCCCACCUUCACCACCGGCAGUCUGAGCGCUGGCCCGGCGUUUGGGCGGAGGAGGAGCUCCUGCCUGCAGUUUUGUGUACGUGUGUGCGUGCGUGUGCGUGUGUUUGUGUGUUUGUUUACCUCCACAGGGGACACUCCACACUCAGCGUAAGAUGUGCUGGGAACAGAGCCACCGAGGGUGGCUGCAUCUCAGUCUCUCUGUCUCUCUCCCUCUCCUUUUGUUGUAUCACGCUUUGGGUUGACAGAAUAAGGGCCUUGAAUAGGACCAAAUUUCCGUGUCUGUUGCUAUGGUCUUUAUUUAGGACGACAGUUAAAUGCAGUGGCCCCUUCUUGUCACUCUAUACAUACGACUCAAAGGGACACAUGUAAUAUAUAAAUAUAUAUAUAAAGCGUUACUUUCUGUCCCCUCGGCUUAGGAUGGAGGCCUCUCUCAGAGCUGAACUGCACCUGCAGCCGGGUGCAGCCAGCAGCCCGCAGGCCCCAGCCCUGAUCAGAUUAACACAGUUGACAAUAAAGGAAUGAGUAUUGUUGCGAGUCGGUCGCCUGCCUCUGUGCUUUCUGCUUUCACUCUCUUGUUUCUGCGUGCUCCCUUGUCUCUCUUCCUUGCUUUUCCAGUCGGGGUUCCAGAGUGUCUGGAGCCCAGCCAUGGUUACCAGUAGCUCCGAGAAGAACUGGCUGCUGAGUACAAGGGGAGCUGCUGCCCCCGAGGACUGAGUGGCGGGUCCCAGGCUCUCGUCUGUGCCAGGGCUGUGGCAGCAGCUGCUCGUCUUCCAGGCUUGCAGUCCCCAGCCAGUUAACGCUGAGCCCUUAGCAGAUUUCAGAACAUCCCAGGUGGUGUCCAGAUCAGCUGUCCAUGUCACACCACCAUCUGCUUCUGCAUGUAUCCGUUGAGAGUGCUUCCAGCAAGAAAUAACUCACACAGAGCACACAGAGGUGGCACCUGCCACGUGGUGGGUGCUGCGGCCCUGUGUCCUCUCCACCCUCUGGGUUCUAGCUGUUGGCUUCAGUGUUGUGGAGAUCUUUCGGGAAGCAACCUCGCUGCUAAAAAACCAACACAAACCCUGACUUCCAGUGGGGCACUGAGGCCCAUCUGGUGCAGAGCCAGUUUCUGUGACACUUCCUUGGAGGGACUCCCAGUGCCUGAGCUGUGACGGGGGCUGGUGUGACGCUGCAGCUGCUGGAGUGGCAUUUGCCAGGUGUUGUGUGUGUGUGUGUGCGCGCGCGCGCUGCCGUGCACACGUGGACCGCCUAACCCCUCCUCCCUCCCAGCUGGUUUACAGACAAGAGCUGGGGAAGUGAGCUUGCUUGGCAGAAGACGGUGGUGAAGCUGGGCUUCCAGACCCCAGAGCCUGCAUUUUCCUUGUGCCUCUGUUAUGCAGCCCAUGGGAAAACACAGGCACCCUACAUGUCUCGCAGGCAGUGAGAGCCGGGGCAGAGGACAGAGUGGGGUGUCUCAGCCAGCUGGAUGGGAAUAAGAGUGGCCCUCAGAGCCUUGCAUGAAGGGCAAGGUGGUCCAGAGCGCUGUGGAGGCAGUGGAGGGCACGAGCGCCCCUCGGCCUGGCUCCAGGUUGUCCGCAGGGAAACUGCUCUGUUCCACUCCUUUCUCCAAGACUGGACCCCUGGUCCACACAGAGCCUAGGGCUGGGGUGUGUCUUGGAUAGGCUUAUGUAGGCUGGCCUGGGGGCCGGCGUGGUGGCACAGUGGUGUUAAACAGCUGCUAGCAACACCCCAUCCCAUAUGGGAGAUCCAGUAUAAGUCCCAGCUGCUCCACUUCCAAUCCAGCUCCCCACUAAUGUGCCUGGGAAAGUGGCGGAAGAUAGGGCCCCUGCACACACAUGGGAGAACUGGAAGAAGCUCCUGGCUCCUGGCUUCAGCCUGGCCCAGCCUGGUUGCAGCCAUCUGAAGAGUGAACCAACAGAUGGAAGAUCUUCUUCUCUCGGCCUCUCCCCCUCUCUCUAACUGUACCUCUCAAAUAAAUAAAAUAAAUCUUUUAAAUAAUAAGAUGAAAUAAUGAUGACCUCUUCCCCACCCAGCCCCUACUGGCAGCUGCUCACAGAUAGAGACGCUACAGAAUUGUGGAGCGAAGAGCCCCAUCAUUGCAAUGGAUUGUUGUGAUGACUGUAUCGGGGUGAAAGAUCAGUUACCUAAGGGAGAGCCAGAGCAAUUGGGGGUUAAACAAGAUAGAAGUUGUAUUACUCUCUUAUAUAGUGGCAUGGGUGGAGGCAGACCUGGGCUAGUUUGGAGACUAGACUCCUUCCGUUGUCUUAGAGUUUGUUUAUUUAUUUUCAUCUAUUUGAAAGGCAGAGAGAGAGAGAGAGAGAGAGCAUACAUCUGCUGGUCUACUCCCCAGUACCCUGCAACAGCUGGGCACAGGCCAGGCUGAAGCCAGGAGCCUGGGACUCAAAUAUGUGAGCCAUUACCUCUUGCCUCCGAGGGUGCACACAGCAGGCAGCUGGGAUCUGGAGUGGAGCUGAACCCAGGCAUUCUGAUGUGGCACGUGGGCAUCCUAAGCAGUGUCCCUUACACCAAACGCCAGCCUACUGCUAGAGCACCUUUAGAGUUUCCGACGUGGCUCAGGGUGCUCCUCACCACCUCUGCACCAGGGUCGGUGGACAGGGAGAAAAGGAGAAGAGGGCAAGCCCUACUCCUUUACAGGAACCUUGAAGUUAAAUGCAGCCCAUUGGGCAGAACUUGGUCACAUGGCCACAGGAGCUUCCAGGUGCAUCUUUAGCCUGGGUGGCUGACAGUCACAGCUGUAGGCUGUGGCCCUGUUCUUGCUCAGAGCACCUGUCCUUAUUCUUCAGGCUCUUUACAGCGGCCUCUGCCGAGUCCCAGUGCAUCUGUGCCAGGGGUGGAGCCAAGGUUUGCAGGCUUGGGAUCUUACAGCAUUAUGAGAAGAUUGGAGAGGGCUCUUAUUAAGAGAAGGGAUGGGGGCCGGCGCUGUGGCACAGCGGGUUAACACCCUGUUCUGAAGCGCCAGCAUCCUUUAUGAGCGCUGGUUUGAGACCUGGCUGCUCUACUUCCAAUCCAGCUCUGUACUAUGGCCUGGGAAAGCAGUAGAAGAUGGCCCAAGGACUUGGGCCCCUGCAUUCAUGUGGGAGACCCAGAGGAAGCUCUUGGCUCAGGAUCAGCGCAGCUCCGGCCAUUGGGGCCAAUUGGGGAGUGAACCAGCAAAUGGAAGACCUCUUUCUCCUUCCCUCUCUGUAACUCUGCCUUUCUAAUAAAAUAAAUAAAUCAAAAAAGGGAUGAAAAUGAAGAAACAAAAUUG